AAAGGAAACUUAAUUGCACUAGACAAUUCCAGAACAAUGUAGAAACAAUAACCUUCAUCUAUAUAUAUAUAUAAAUUCAAGAGAACACACACAAACCAAAUCUCUGAAUUGUCUCUCAUAAUAACAACUAGCUAGCGGCAAGAAGAAGAAGAAGAAGAAGGAAGAGUUUUUAAAAAGAUGAUGACUGCGAACGAAACAGAAGCAUUGUUAUGCGCCGGAGGCUGUGGGUACUACGGCAACCGAGAGAAAAACAAUCUAUGCUCUCUCUGCUACAAACAGAGUGUUCUCGAACAACAAUCGGCCGCGCCUUUAAGAUUCGAACUAGAGACUCCUCCUACGAGUAGUCCCGUCGCUGCUGAAGAACCGGUCGGAAAACGAAGGUGCGGUAUAUGUAAGAGGAAGGUAGGAGUGUUGGGAUUCAAGUGCAGAUGCGGACACAUGUUUUGCGGGUCACAUCGGUAUCCGGAGGAGCAUUCUUGUCCCUUUGAUUACAAACAAUCUGGACGGGUCGCCUUGGCCACACAGUUGCCUUUGACUAGAGCUGACAAGUUGCAAAGGUUUUAGUGUUAUUUUCUAGACUUAAAAAAAGAGUCGUGGAUCUUUUGAUUCCUUGGCGUUGUUGUUUGAAUUCUUUUUUACGAAUAAUAGUUUUAGCUAAGAAGACGCAGAGAGAUCCAAAAACGAGCAAGCCAAUUUUCAAUUUAAAAGGUCAAAUAAAAAUUAAGGGCAUAGACUAAAACUAUGAUUAGGACGUUGUAUGGUCUUUUGAUAAAUUCAAUAAUACUAUUUGAAAUACAAAAAUCGAAGAGAUAACACGUAUGGCAGCUAAAACAGUUUGUAGUUAAGAGUUAGACAGAGUGUCAAUACACCAGCGUCUCAAUAAUCAUACAGAAACUUUGCUGAUUGAUAUAAACCUCAUCAGCUAUUGACCUUA